CAUGGUCCUGAACAGUAUGUCAAAACUUCCAAAGCAAUGACAUGGACUGGUGCUCGGGACUACUGCAGGGAAUAUCACACAGACCUGGCCAGUGUGAGGAAUGAUGUAGAAAGCCAGAUUAUUCAGAAUGUAGCAGGUGGUGCGCAGGUGUGGAUCGGCCUUGUCAGAGAUCCCUGGGAGUGGUCAGACCAGACUUACUCAUCUUUGAGAUACUGGAAAGCUGACCAAGCAGUUCGUACUAACCCUAAUGAAGAAGUGUGUGUUGCUUUAUUUAAAAGUGAAUCAGGUAGAUGGGGAACACGACCAUGUGGUGAGGCACAUCCAUUCCUCUGUAACUGUCCCAUCACGAGGUUCAUUAAGGUGAAAAUGAGCUCAGAAGACUCAGUGCUGGAUCCAAAUGACCCUGCAGUGGCAAGACGACAUCUUGAAACAAAUCAAGCAGGAACUGAAUGACAGCAGUGUGACUGAUGCUUUCCAACUAAGAUGGAAAAAGAAUUCUGAUGGCAGAGUUUUCACCAAGGAAAAAUAAUAGGGAAUCUGACAGUCUGUCGUAACUCAGAGGGAUUUCUAGAUGUAAAUGUGUGUUUAGUCAUUGAUAGAGUUCACAAUUGCAAACCCACUGAGAAUUUUGUGUGUGCAAUUGACAUCAAAUUGUCAACAUCAUAUUUACUGGAUGGUUUGGCUUCAGUUCAAUAUGCAGAUGCAGGUAAUAUACAAGACAAGUGUGCUAUAUAAAACUCUAGAUUCUCUCCACCUGUUAGAUGUAUUUCAGUUUCUAAAUGUACUGCUACUGUCAGUCUAAUUAUUUGAAUUACUGAAAGGAUCCUAUCAAUUAUUUUGUCGUUUUCUUUUUUCUUUUUGUCCAUUUUUUGUGAGGUUAUAUUAUUGUGUCAUCAUUCUAUCAUGUGUGUUAUUUGUAUUAUUUAUCUGUAUUAAAUGUGUUUAAAAAGUAUAAUAAUAAUGAUGAAAUCCCUGCUUCUUUCAGACAAAGCUGAAAUUACCAUCCUCACAAGUCUACAAAGCCAUGCUUUCUAGUUUAUAGACUUGUCAAGAUGUCAAAGAAACAAAAUGAAAUUUGGACCUAGACCUGGUCUUGCCACAAGACCAUGCAGUCAUGGGAGCCAUUUUUCUACUUUUCAGCUACAUUAGGACUGUGCUUUGACACACUGUUACAUGCCAGGCCAGAGUGUUUGUGUGUGUUCUUCUAUCUCUCCUCACCUGUCUGCUCUCUAGGUGCCACCUACAUCAUUGGUCUUCACCUGUGACUGGCUGCCUGCAGCCAGGAAACAAGAAUAAAAGGACCAUGUCUGCUGAGUGGCUCUCUCUCAUUGCCCUUGCUGCCUGCCUGCUGAACACUCUGUUACUGUUUGUUUUAAAAGAGGUAUGUGGAAGGAGGUUGAGGAUCAUAGGUAGGUUUGGGCUACCCUAUACACUAUUUCACACACAUAGUUUCUUUUUGUUAGACACACCAGGUUAGCAGUUGGUGCCACCCCCUGUAUUGGUUUCAAUUAACCACCUUCUUAGAGAAGCUAGUUAGCUAGCUAGAUAGGGGGUAGUCAGGCCAUUUCAUUUAUUUGGCACAACCCCAUUGGUCUCAUCCUCCUCCACAUUGUU